GACGGGGGUGGUAAGUGCGGACCGGCGCUCGGGCUGGGGUGCAUUUUGUUCUCCAUCACCAACACCGCUGGAGGGUCUCACGCGCCCGCACGCCCGCCCCGCCGCACUCCCCAUCAUGGCGCUCGCCCGACCGCUGCCCCCGCUGUGGCAGACGCUGAUGCCCGGCCUCAGCGGCAUCAAUGGCCCCGUCCGCCCCGUCCUGCACCUGCCGUUCCUGCAGCGCCUCGCGCAGUCCACGCCGUUCGCCGCACUCGCCAUUCCGUCGCUGUCGCUGCCGGCGCUCCCUUCGCUGGGUGAGAUCUGGGACGGCAUUCUCAAGGCAGUGCCCAAGAAGAAGACGUCAUACAUGAAGAAGCGCACACGUUUCCUGGCGGGCAAGGAGAUCAAGGACAUCACAUCACUGAACAAGUGCUCUGCAUGCGGGCGGCCAAAGCGUGCACACAUUCUGUGCCCGUACUGUGUCGACGCCAUCAAGACGAACAUCUUCCGCCAGCUCAACUGGUCCAUUAGGAGACCCACCGCAAAGCAGAGCAAGCAACUGCACCGCGAGGCGCGCGAGUACAAGAAGAACGGCCGGACGAUGGAGGCGGACCCUCGCGAGGAGAAGGAGGCGCAGAUCCUCAAGCACACCGGCUGGGGCUUCAACAAGGCGGAGGCGAGGAGGACCAAAUAAGAGACUGCGAGGAAUGCUCGGACCAGCAUAUGCAGAUCGCUGUCUGGCUCCGCUGCUUGCAGAGGAAAGGAUCGAGCUCUGAAACGGGCUCGGAGAAUAGAUGUACAACACAAGCGCCAUACCAGGAUGAGGCGUGGACGAUAUUGUACCAUAGCUGGCGAGCAUACCACUGGCGCUUUGGACGUUUUGCAAUCAACGACACCACAUGGUGUUUCUCGACAUGACAUAUGAUAGCUUGACGUGCUGUAAAUAGCGAAAGCACACUUUUGAUAUCA